AUGGAUCACUCGCGGGAUCCUUGUCCCUGGGUAGCUCUCAGCGACUUUGGUGGCGCAUUCUGUAUGGGAGGGAUCGGAGGUGCGGUAUGGCACGGUGUCAAAGGCUACAGAAAUUCACCGUAUGGCGAACGUCGAAUCGGCGCUCUGACAGCUAUCAAAGCUCGUGCGCCAGUAUUAGGGGGAAAUUUUGGGGUAUGGGGAGGCUUAUUCUCGACGUUCGACUGUGCGGUGAAGGGAUAUCGGAAGAAGGAAGAUCCUUGGAAUGCUAUCGGCGCAGGAUUCCUCACAGGCGGCUCAUUAGCUAUAAGAGGUGGGUUCAAAGCAGCGAGGAACUCUGCUAUAGGAUGUGCGAUUUUAUUGGCCGUGAUUGAGGGCGUGGGGAUAGGUAUACAAAGAAUGAUGGCGGAGAACACGCGGCUGGAUGUACCAGCACCCCCUCCGGCCGUCAGUCCGCCACCAGCAGUGGUGGAUUCGCAGAGUCCGAUGAUUGCUUGA